GUAUCAGUGUAUGCACAGCUUCAACGACAAAGAAGAGUUUGUAUGGUUGUGCUGUUUAUUUUGUGAGGGCACUGGAUAAACACACUUGACUUGGGUUUUGAUCGAGCAUCGCCCACUCCACUGCACUAGUGGCUAAAACAGUUGUAAUUUCUAAGUCCCUCCGUGAGCCUGUCGUUGUUUUUCACCUAUUGUACUUUUGCCUGUUUUGCAGCGCCACGUUGUUCUAGUAAAAUACGUCCGGCACAACCAGUGAAAGUGUCAAAAGGCACAAUUUUGUCAUUCUGUCCAUUUCCCAUUCAAUGCUGGUUGUAGUGCUCUGGCAUAGUCGUGCGAUAGCCGAGACAUCCUCCGACUGUUCCGAGUGCAGCUCGAUUGUCACCGUUUCGUAACUGCUCGUAUCAAGCCAUUUCCAGUUCUUGCUGUUGUGUAGCUGAUGCUGGAUCUGGCAAGAUGCCUGAGCAGAAUAGUAUGUCCCUAGCGUUCUCUACGCCUAUGAAGUCCUUUCCUCGCGGCAACGAGCCAGCAGCAAUAACUCCUGGCCUGGACAUUUCGCCGGUUCAAGACAUAGCAGAUAGGGAUCAUCGGAGAUUUUCCACUGUCGACGAAAGAGACUUUGCUGACCACCACCGGCGCAAUGUCUACGUUGGACUUCACAUGAGCAUGAACGGCUUGGAUGAGACACCGGGGUCAGGUGACGGCAGCGGUCGACAUCACCAUCAUCACCACCGACGGCAUCAUUCUCGUAGCCACCACCGCGGUGAGCGUAGCCAUCACCACAAUGGACACCACCACCAUCAUCAUCACCACAAACACCGUCAUCGCUCUGAUGGCAGUGCCGCUCCACUUACUCCAUCGUUCAAUUCUGAUGGAAAGCCAGUACAAGGUCCGGGGGACAGGGUCAGAACCCUACUUGCUGAGGAUCUGACCGUGAAUGGACAUGAAAUUGAAACACAUGAGUUGUUCACCGAACUGGAAGAAUUACAAGUCGAGGAUGGCGUGAUGGAGUGGAAAGAAACGGCCCGCUGGGUGAAGUACGAGGAAGAUGUUGAGUGGGGUGGGCAGAAGUGGAGCAAGCCGCACGUUGCAGCGCUCUCGCUACACUCUCUCUUUGAGCUGAGGAGCUGUAUUCUUCAAGGAACCGUGCUCUUGAAUAUGAAUGCUUCUGAUUUGACAGCCAUUGCUGACUUAGUAUUGGAUGAUCUCGUUGCAACCACUCAGUUGGAGGAGGCCAACCGACACUUGGUACGCACAGCUCUUCUCUGUCGACACACUCAUCAAAACCAGUCUUCCCAGCGCCCAAAGCUGCUACGACGCAACACCAGUGAAGACGGUCAUCGUAAAACAAGCAGUGUUCCGACGGCAGCGGCUGUGGAUGGGCUCUUGGCACCUGAUCACAGCCAGCUACGGGAGAACUCAUUGCCGGAUGGCAGCAGUCCAUCCACUGUACGCAAGCCAGCUCCAGCAGAAUCUCACUUCAUGAAAAAAUUGCCUCCCAAUUCUGAGGCAUCCAAUGUGCUUGUGGGACAAGUUGACUUCCUGACCCGGCCACUGAUCGCCUUUGUCCGCUUAGCGGAGUCGGUUGUUUUGGGUGAUCUGACCGAGGUGCCGUUGCCUACUCGCUUCCUCUUCAUCUUGCUGGGCCCGAAAGGCGAGGAGGAACGCUAUCACGAGAUUGGCCGCUCCAUUUCGACACUGAUGUCCGAUCCGAUCUUUCACAACGUAGCCUAUCGAGCAACUUGCCGUGCUGAUCUGCUGGCUGGUGUGGAUGAAUUCCUUGAUCAGGUUGUUGUCCUUCCACCGGGUGAGUGGGACCCAACCAUUCGCCUUGCACCACCGGCAAGUCCUCGCAAAGCCGCCGAGCGCCUCAUGGCCAACGCUCGCGCUCCAGCUCCCUCGAGGGAGAAACGCCAGAAGGGGCAUGGCGGCAACGGGGGUAGCAACAACUGCGCUGAAGGCGAAGACGAAGACCCAGGAAAGGACCUUCAUCAUGCUGGCCUGAAGCGAACUAGACGGUGCUUUGGUGGUCUGGUGGGUGAUAUUAAGAGGCGCUGGCCGUGGUAUUUCUGGAGUGACUUCACGGAUGCCGUGCAUGUGCAAACCAUCCCUGCCAUCAUUUUCAUCUACUUUGCGUGCAUUGCGCCGACUGUGACAUUUGGUGGAUUACUGGAGGAUAGUACUAAUGGAUACAUGGGAACCAUGGAAAUGAUCGUUGCCUCUUGCUUCUGUGGAGUUUGUUAUUCAUUAUUUUCUGGCCAGCCAUUGACUAUCCUGGGUGCGACCGGUCCCAUGCUGGUGUUUGAAGGAAUUGUCUUUUCGUUCAGUGAGAGCAAUGGUCUGCCAUUCCUGCAGUUUCGCUUCUGGAUAGGCAUGUGGACUGCGGCGUAUCUACUCAUUAUGGUUGCUAUAGAUGCCAGCGCUUUGAUAAGUUUCUUCACUCGCUUCACCGAAGAAACAUUUUCAGCUCUGAUUUCUCUCAUUUUCAUUUACGAAGCGUUUUCCAAGCUUUAUCAGUUAGAGGGCAAGUAUCCUCCUCACGGCGAGUAUCACUUGCGCUCCACCGUGCUGGAAUACAACUGCUCCUGUGCUUCCAACGAUACCGUCUAUGGUCAAAUGCCGUCCGACUUAACCUGGUCAACGUGUACUAACGUCUAUAAUGCAACGGCUGUGGGUCGGGGCUGUCCACCAGAGUCUAUCACUGGUUCAGUGUACUUUGUCUCGUUCAUUGAGCUGUUUGGAACGUUCUUUAUCGUCUAUUUCCUGAAGAAGCUACGCAACUCUCCGUACUUCCCCACUUGGGUGCGAGGCCUCAUCUCUGACUUUGCCGUGGUCAUCGCGAUCAUCUGUAUGUUAGUGUUUGACAUUGUAUUCAGCGUUCCGACACCCAAACUCAACGUUCCCGAGAAUUUUGAACCAACAAGAAGUGCAGAUCGAGGAUGGGUGAUUUCGCCAAUAAAGGGUGUUGACUGGUGGCUGCCACUGGCUGCAUCUAUUCCAGCUAUCUUAGCGUGUAUUCUAGUGUUCAUGGAUCAGCAAAUCACAGCGCUACUCGUCAAUCGGCGGGAGCACAAACUGAAGAAAGGACCUGGCUAUCACUUGGACCUUCUGGUUGUGGCCGUGCUCCUUGCGCUCUGCUCUCUGUUUGGCUUGCCAUGGUUGGUGGCUGCGACCGUACGCUCUGUCACACAUGUUGGCAGUUUAUCAGUAAUGGAUACAAACACAGCACCGGGAGAGAAACCUAAAUUCCUUGGUGUUAGGGAGCAGCGUGUGACGAAUUUCUGCGUCUUCCUGCUGCAUGGCUUGUCUGUACUUGCGGCGCCGGCAUUGAGGCAACUGCCAUUGCCAAUCCUGUACGGCCUCUUCCUGUUCAUGGGCUAUGCGUCCUUGCGAGGUGUGCAGUUCGUUGAGAGACUCCAGCUGCUGUUCAUGCCGCAGAAGUUCCAGUUUGACAUGUACUACGUGCGGCAUGUGCCCAUGUAUCGUAUGCACGCCUUCACUCUCAUCCAGCUGCUCUCUCUCGUUGCCCUGUGCAUUAUCAAGCUGACGCCAGCCAGCUUGAUCUUUCCCAUCGCAGUACUAGGACUUGUUGUAGUGCGUCAUUUCCUCAAGUACAUAUUCACUGACCAAGAACUGGAGAUCCUGGAUGAUAAGAUGCCGGAACUAUUGAAGCGCAAGAAGCAGGAUGCUAAGAAACACGGUGUACCACCAGCACCCUCUGACAGUGAUUGUAGUGAGGUUCUAGAUGCAGAGCAAAUCAUACCCCUCUCUUUGGGGUCAUCUGAGAGCACCGGGGUACGUCAACGCACUAACAAUAUGGCUGCAAAGUCGUUCAAUAUGACUGACGAGCUGAAUCGGUGUGAGUUAUGGCAGCACACUCACAGCCACACUACUCAACGCCUCUCAUCAAUCGACAGCCAAUAUGAGCCAUCUUCUCAACCUGAUGGCGCUGUGGGCAAGGUGCAGAAUGGUUAUGUGCCGUUGCCAAUGGUGCGCGAGUCAGCGUUGUAAACUGUGGUAUUCAUGUGAUGCACCAUCGAGCUCGGUGAUUUCUUCAGCACUUGUACGCAUGGCAGCAUUUUGUAUUUGUCCGUCACUGUGUGGUGUUUCACUGGAAAGCAUAUCCAACUGGAUCAUUCUUUUGGGACAAGUCGAUUGUCACACGUGCAUCCUGGCAGUGCAACUGUGCUUGAUAAUGCUGCUGGUAGUGUCUGUUAACAGUCACUGUGUGCUGGAUGUUAGCGUCAUGUGGGCCAUCCCAGUCCUAUCACCGUAGAAGUCUGCAGUAUGUAGCCGCACAGCACUAGCAUUGGUAUUGUCUGCAGUGUUCAGUGUCCCAGUACUGCCGCCGCCGUUGUGGUCUGUGGUCCGUCAGAGCCCACCUGGCUUGCCAUUCUCUCAUUGUGCAGUGUACGUCUUGUAGGAGUGCAUGUGUCACUUGUGUAACUUUGGUCAUCACAGUGUUUCUGCUGCUUAGUGCCGCCGCUGCUGUUUCUGCUGCUGCCGCAGCCGCUGCUCCUGCUGCUGCUGCUGCUGCUGCUGCUGCUGCUGCUACUGCUGCUGCUGUGUAGUAUUAGGUGGUGUGGACAGGAUCUAUGUAUCUUCUUGUUGUCAGUAGUCUUUCUCUCAUGUACCAUCACUAGCUAGUGGUGCUAGCUGUAGUUGUAGAAAUUUCUACCCACCAUGCCAUGUGGUGGUGAGGGCCUGUGGCUGAGCAGACGGAGAUUUUAGUUUAUCGUGUCGUACUACAAAUAUAGAGUUGCUCGUAGGCAAGGACUGUUAGAGUUGCCUGCUAAUAUAAUAAUUAUUAUCAUUUCAAGGUGAUUUGUAUCUAUGCCGUGCUGCAUCCAUUGCUGCAGUUGAUUUCAGACAUUGAAAUUCUCCACUCUUUGUUCUAUAGCUGCCGGCAGCAUUACUAUCUGAUUUGCAUGCAUGUACGGGCAGGCAGCAGCCUUGCGGCGUGGUGCUGUGCUUGCCCCGUUUAAGUAGCACUAUGUGCACUGCUGUCUGUGCCGUUGAAUCAGUUCAAUGUUGAACAACCGGGCGUUGAGUUAUGUCAGUAUGGUGAUAGCAUACUUUAGCUGUAACUUAUUCUGUGAUCUGGAGCGUAACAAUUACAUGUACUUAUCUCUUGUAGCUUGCACUAGCUUGCUCAGCUGUAUUCCUGCAGAGUGUCUUGUCCUACUGGCAUCAAUGGAACUAUAACCGUGAUCACCUAUUUAUUUCCAGAUACGAUUUCUGUACCUCUUCACACCGAUUUUUAAGCUAAUUUUAUACUUAGAAGUGGCCGAGCAGAUUUUCUGCUAGCCUGGCUAACAUACAAUGUGAUUGUGCCACUGGCAUACAGUACUUGUCCUGCUUACUAAUUAUUAUGUGUUGUUGCUGCUGUUUACUGCUGCUGAUUGCGGCGUUGCUUUUCAACUGUAUUCAGUGCAGCUAUGCUCAGUCUCAACCUUUUCUGGAACUAUUCUUGUGGGGCGUGAA